UGCACAACGGCCGGACCCGUCUGUUUACACUGGGCAUUUUGCGUCGAGACGCCCGAUCCGCGCCGCUCCUUCUUUCCCAUACGUCUAUCCGUACCCCGCCGCUUAUCCUCACGACAGCCCGCUCGCAACGCGCAACCGACUACCUGCCACAACGGCAGAUCGCUUCGUUUCCGCAACCACGAUCGCCAUGAGCACAGCCGAUUGAGACGGCCAUGGUUCGUGUCACUGAGGAGCUGGCGCUCUCGCCAGAGCAUGUCACUCUUUACUCCGCUAGCGACCCGCUACUCGGUCAUCUGCCCGUCCUCAUCUUCCACGGCCCCUCCACGACCGCCAACUACACCCUGAAUAGCUCCCGAAUCCAGAUUCAUAUCUACAGUCCAGCCGGCUACCAAACCUUCCCGCGAAUCACCGUCUCGCCGAACUCGCCCUUCUACAGCGUUGUUGCACACCUGCCGCGCGAGUUCCAGGGCGACGAGGUCUGCAGAGGUCUGGCAUUUGGUCUCUACAAGUACUUUAGCGAGCUGCCCGAGGCUGUAAAAACCCAUCUGAGGAAUCAGUACCCGACCCCUCGGAACCGCCGCCCGGGCUCAGCACCGUCGUUGUUCAGCGAGCAGCAUGCGGCCGACCUGGCCAAGGCGGCCAUUCAGGCUGAGAACACCACCGAGAUCAUCGGAAUCUUGGAAUACGCCCUGCGGACACAGCACUUGAGCAAUGUCGACAUUGACCUCGUCCUGCCACCAGGUUCAAUCGUGCCGCUGGAAAACGCCGAUUACGAGGAGGUUCCUGACGAUGAGGACGACAUUUUGGAUCCAACCCUACGGCAGUAUGGCGGAUAUACUCCCUUGGUGAAGCUCUUCGGAGAGCCGGUGUUUCUGCCGACUUCCAAGCUGCGGCGUGCGCCCUCGAGACCAACUUCGCUGAACCGGAGCAAGUCGCUUUCCAAGAACCACAAGUUGGAACUCCGCAUGAAAAUGGGCGAAUUGGUCGACACCGAGGAACGCUACGUACUCAAGCUCACUGAGCUUGUCCAGAACAUUGCCACUGACUUCCGCCAGAAAGCCAAGGAGCGGCCGGCCGGCAGCAUCAGCCCAAGCGAAGAGGAUAUGGAGAAGCUAUUCCCAAAAUCGGCAGAUAGCAUCCUAGAGGUCAACUCGGCCUUCAUGCAAGAGCUUCGGCGUGUCAUGGAUGAGACCGAGGAGGAAGCUCUGAGGGACAUGGAGCUUCCGUUCCCCGCACCAAGGCUGGGGGGUUCUGGCAAGCCGAAGGACCCAAGCGGCGCGCUCGCAAUGGCCAAGAUCUUCCUGGAGUGGUUCCCCAAAUUUACCGAAUGUUACCAGGACUAUAUUCGAGCUAGCCAGAACUUCCCUCAGCUCCUCAAUCUGUUCCUCGACAAUCAGUCCAGCUUCCGCCAACGGGUUGUCCAGGCCGGGGAACAGACGAUCCGCUCGCUGCUCAUCGAGCCUGUACAACGACUGCCUCGGUACAGCUUGUUCAUCGACCAGAUCAUCUCCUGUCUCCCCAUGACACACCCGGCGCUGCAGGCCUUUCUUCGAGCCAGAGACAUCAUCACAAACAUCUGCUCGAUGGACGAACCGCUUCCAGAUAAGCCCCACGCCACAACCCGCCUUCGCGCCAUGGUUGAGCAUUGGCCGCCGGACUUUGAGCCCAAGGGACGGCUGAUCCUGGCUGCCGACUUUCUCGAGCUUGCUCCACCUUAUGUCUCAGUGUCGCAGAAUACAGAGAUGGCGGAUCGCCCGGGCGUUCUUCUCCUCUUUUCUGACUGCAUCGUCCUCCUCCAGAAAAAGACGGAUUCGGGCUUCACAGGACGCGACUUCCUUCGGGAGAUCGAUAAGCCAUCCCCUGCCGGUUUGCUGGCAUCCAUGAGCAACGCCGCUGGUGGACCCGGGAGUUGGGAAUUUGCAUUCAUGGGAUGGCAUAACCUGGCUGAUAUCCGGUUUACCGAAUCCUCCGACGGGCGACUGAUCUGGAUAACAUCAACUCAGGAGAUGAAGGGUGCACCUGCGAGGGAGCAUGCCACCAGCAAAGCCAUAACCUCGAGAUGCUUCCUUCUACAGGAUCAUUACGAGGGCCGAGCUAUCAAAUUCAGCGAAGAUAUUGUCAGAGCUCGCAUUGAGGGUCGCUUCUCUGAAAAGGAGAGGGAAGAUCCAACAUGGACUCUUCGGGCAGUGAAGAUGCAGGAUAACAAUUUCGGCCUCCACGCGGCCGUCUUCCAGGAGGGCGCCCAGCAGCUGAUCGAGGGGCGCAGGGAACCAGCACCUAUUCGCAUCGUUCUGGACAACGAGAAAGGCACCAAAGGAGCGCCAGUCGGCCAUUACGGUGUCGAGAUUGUCGUUGAGGUGAGGACCGGCGACAUGCGCAGGAUAUCGAUGAACACCGCCGGUCUGAACGGGAGGAAGUUCACCGACGAUGUCGCGCUCGAAGAUUUCCUCCCCACACUCUCUCGCCGGAUUAUACAGCUCCUCAGCACCCAGUUCAGCGUCGCUAACAUGGGACUCGUGCCUGCCCUGGUGUCAUACUACAGCAAGAUCCUGCGCUCGCUCAACAUCAGUGCCAGAGUCGAGAAGAAUACUCGGUCAUUCCUUUCCUCCUCUCCAGUGAAGUUGCUCUCAAAUCUUCUGGCGGGAAAUACCGCGUCAUCUAGUAGCACCUCGGUCGACAGCGCAGGCAUCGGCGGAUCGAGGCAUAAACAUACACGCUCUAACAGCCAGAGAGAUGUGACCGUGCUGUCCGGAUCGCUGAAGGACCGAGACAUACCUCGUCUCAUGGUGGAAGAAGAGGCUCCAGACAACCCUCUGAUGCGGCUUGAGCAGACCUUUACUGGAUUCGUCGCCAACAUGCAAGCACGCAAGGGCUACUUCAUCGGUCGAACGUUGCUGAGCAGAUCGAUGGCUGACGAACUUGCGGUCAAUGACCUUUACAAUCGCCUCAUCGAGUUUCCCUUUGACCUGGACGCUGCGUCGGAACUUGGAACGGAGGUCAUCUUUGCGGCGUUUGAGAAGUUCAUCCGCAUUGCUUGGCGCGAGCAGAUGGGUCCGGUCAUGACGAUGCAGGCACUUGGAGCUCUCCAGGUGCGAGCUUCCAAAAAGGUCGUGGGAGACUUCGCCGACUUUGUGCGGUUCCUAUUUAGUGAUAUGGCACCUCAAAAUCGCCGGGCUUUCACCGCGCUCAUCAAGCUGCUGGCCGAUCUUCUUGACGGUUGCUCAAACGAUGGCGACAGAGGCGCGUUGACGCUGGCCUUCGCGGAGCUACUGGUCGAUGACGGAAGCGCAUCAGAUUAUAUCAAUCUUCUCGACCGGCUCGUUGAAGACUGCGACCGGAUUUUCGAGAAGACUGACCAGAUGGACCCCAUCAGUUUGCUUCUCCAGAGCUCUCCUUACGACCCUUCGUGGACAGCGAGUUACCGUAGUCAUAAGUCAAUAACGGGAUCAGUGACAUCGAACACGUCCUCACUGCGCAGGAAGUUCGGUUUCGACACGCUCUUGCGGCAGAACAGCAAGACGGAGACAGACCGGCCAUCCGUAUGGCGAACGCUGAGCAAGCACAACAAAACGGCAAGCGCUCCGGAAAACGGGCUCAGCCUUUCGAUGGCCAGCAGGUCAAAAUCUGUGGACAUGGGACCCAACUACACGCUGCCCAACAGGCUCCGUCGCCCAGGAUCCCGCGACCGGCCCCCGGUUGCGGGUGCCUUCGACGACAUCGGGCACCGGCCCAUGAGCUCUCACCGGCUCGAAACCAUUGGCGAGCCGGAAGUGGUGGAACCAACCACACCCAAGUACCUGAAGAAGAAACGUAGGAGCUCGCUCUCGGACCUCAAGUCGCUCAUGGAAGCGGCGAGUCUGGAAGAUGACGACCCGCCGCUCAUGCCCCUGCAAGUCAACAACCAGCAGACCGCCGAGAAGUUCAACUCGGUUCCGCGACCUCCAUCACCCUCAAAGAUCCCUCUCAACCUCGAAUCUCAGAUACACCCGCUGCGCUCAUCCAAGCAAAAGGAGAACGCUGCGGACUUGUUCCAGCAGCUAGACGAGGUCUCAGAGAGCGAAAGGAACGAAAGGAGCGAAAGGCCGACGCUGCAGAGAACUCGUGCUAGGACCAUGACGAUCUCGCAGAUCCCCACGCUGCGACAGACGCCUCGUAUCCCUGUGCCUCCGUCCUUGGAAUCGCCCACCCGCCCAUCUAGCAGUCCCGGUAAGCCGCCGGGCACACCAGGCACCAGCCAGAGACUCCGCCUCCAGUCCCCAACGAAGCUCCGCGAGCGCCUGCAGACUGAAAAGAAGGCCGUCGACGAGGUGGACGCGUCGAUCAAGUCGGAACUCUCGCGCAUCUCCGAAGACAUGGCACGGGUGAACGGGUCGCUCCCGAGGUCCGCAACCGGCGACAUCCGCAGACUCUCGGCCGCUAUCAGGGCGCUCGAGGACCGCAUUCCUCAAGCAAUGCAGGAACUGCAGGAGCGACACGCCCUCAUACAGCAAGACAUGGAAGCCACCCUCAAGGCGACCGAGGCCAAGGUGAAAGCCAUCGACCAGCUCUACAAGGAAGCUACGGCGGAGAAUGAGCUUCUGUACGAGAAAUUCAACUCGGAGCUGAGCAAGAUCGUCAAGAUGCUCAAGGGCAAAGGGCGCGAGGACAAGGAGGAGCUGAUCGCUAGGCUCAAGGACUCGAGCGAGGAGGCGGCGAGGGCCAAGAAGGAGAACGCGAGGCUUAAAAGGGAGAUGGUUAGUCUGCGGAUCCUGCUGAAGGGCGCGACGACUAGUGGUAAUGGGGAGGGGAAUUAGUUGCUCAUUGGGUUCCAUUGGGUCUUGGGUGUUUGGUCUGAUUGGCAGUUGGCGACUGCUCGGUUCUACAAAAAGGCAAAGGGGCUCUUUCUCGGCGUUGGACGGUUGCUUCGACUCGGCCGUGCGGAUCCUGCUGCAAGGUGUUGCGCUACAUUCGGUUGUUGGGUCUUGUCUGCUGUGUACGUAUGUUCG